CAGAUCAUGCUGUUAUAUCGUCAGAUAUGUGUAUUUCCAAUUGAAUAACCGAGUAUAUAUUCCAUCAUCCCCCGGUGUCGACUUGGGACUAGCAAUAUCAUAAACCACAACCGGCCGUAUGAGUACACCUGGAUUGACACCCGAGCAGCGUCAAGCGCUCCUUGAAGGCCCUGCCAGCCCCCCACCACCAGGGCAGGUCUCUAAUCUCGAUGAUCCCCCGAAUUCGUAUCUGCAGUGGCGCGCUCUGUUCGUAACGCUGUGGACGGUGGCUAGUGCAUGCGUUUUCAUUCGCAUAUACGCAAAGGCGUUUGUGGUUCGGCGCUUUCGAAUGUCUGACUAUACUAUGGUCUUUGCUUGGGCGCUUUGUAUGGGAUACUCUGCAUUAGUGAUACUGUCCGGCAACGCCUCCUCUGGUGUAGACCAGUGGAAUCUCCGGCUAAAGGAUUUCAUCUUGUUGCUUAAAUACUACCAGAUCGGCCUGGUGCUAUUCGGGGUUUGCUCCUUCUUCAUCAAACUCUCCAUCCUCCUGCAGCUCAUCGAAGUCUUCGGAAUGGCACAGAGGGACUAUUUCUUCUGGAGCUGUCACUGCCUGAUCUGGAUCAACUUCAUAUACUACUUCAUCGGCACCUUCAUUACUAUCUUCGGCUGCAGACCCAUUGCAAAAGCCUGGGAUCCCUUCAUCACGCACGGUUCAUGCAUCGAUCGGUUCGCCCUUGUUGUCACUUCAUCGGCCCUCAAUGCCAUAUCUGAUAUCUUGAUGUUUGUUCUUCCCCAGGGCCGCAUAUGGAGCUUGCGCGUUCCCAUUGGGAAGAGGGUUUCUAUCUCGGCGGCCUUCUCGUUUGGUUUGAUGGCCUGUGUCUCUGGCGUAGUAAAACUCGCCUACGCUGUGAUCAUGAGCAAAACACCCAACAACACCUCCUACUACGUUAACCUAGUCGGUUUGUGGACGAUACCUGAGAUGGCCGGGGGAAUGAUCGCCGGAUGCCUCCCCUCCGUCCCAAAAGUCAUCCAGGGAGUCUUGCGGAGUCCCCUCGUAUUGAAAUGGCACAGCUCAUUUCGCAAUCUGAUCCCUUCGUAUUCGCGGGGUCAAAUAAGCGCUGCAGCACAUUCCCAUGGCAAUGAGCCGAUGCAGAGAGUUAUCAGGAAUUCUUUCUCGGGGGUUGAUCGGUUUCCGUUGUCUUCGUUUAAGAGUCCGAUGGGGACUGCUGCUUCGACGACUCAUUCUGUGGAUUCGACAGCUGGUUCGACGGUUUAGAAAUGAGAACGGGUGAUUGCCGCUCACUACACCCUCACUUCGUAUCCUCAACUAUAAAUAGACCAGUUUCAAUCCCUCUUGCUGUACUCCGGAGUAUGUUCGGACAUACUUUAGCCUCGGGGCCGGCCUCGGGAGAGACUCGCAACUAUCCACCUGCCUGCCACCGGGUCGGGCACCUCCUGGACUGGCAGCAGCUGCAGCUAACAGAAGGGCAACUGAACCUGCAGCAGGUCCAUCGCGCUUGCCUUUAGUAGGGAACUGGUGGCGAUGGACUUGUGGGAAAGCGCGAUGGGCCGAAUCG